GUGGACGAGGCUAUCGACGGGAAACACCUUGGUGUUAUUUCACGGCACGUCAAUCAGUUUUCCUUUGCGCACCAGAGAUGUUGUUUUUUAUCUCGGAUAAACACAGCCUACCGUGCCCCAUCGCCUAACUAAGGUUAUCACGGAAAUUAAGCACUUCAUGGUCUACUCAGUGUUUUAUUAUCACCGCGCUAUCCGAGCCAGGUAAAGAUUCAAUGAAUGAACCACAUGGGCCGAGUGGGAGGACGCAGAAAAAGCUGGCUCCGAAGAUAAAAUUCUUGGAUCAUCCACCGGGGCGAUUCCUCGAUAAUUCAUCUGAAGAAUCCAGUUUGAUCUAUAACAGAGGCUGGGAUACACGCGCGAAUAUACCAAGUGAAAAGAUGAUUAAUUUUUCACGUUCAGCUGUCUUCUUGUUUGAUAUUGAAACAGCAUAUGGGUAUAUGCGCAUAUGGGCUGCAAAGACAGCAAUUACACUGCAUUCCAUUAGUUAAGACAUUCUUAUUUAAAAUGGAUACUUGUGAGGUCUCACAAGAAUUGACCACGAACGUAACGCAGGGUAGCGUGGACAACAGUUCGGCCGCGGUGUUGCUAAUGAAGGUCAUUCCAAUAGUUUUCCUUGUUUUUGGUACAGCAGGGAACAUUCUUUCCAUCGUGGUACUGCGGCGACCUUUCAUGAGAAAGACCUGGACAGGGUUCUUCUUGUCUAGCCUCGCUGUGGUGGACACGUUGGUUCUGUGGACAGGUUUACUGCGUCACACCAUCAAGGCAUACAAUCCAGACACUGACAUACGGGAUUUGAGUAGCAUCGGUUGCAAGUUGCAUCGCUUUCUUCUUUACGUGUUCCUGGACAUGUCUGCUUGGAUCCUGGUGGCGUUAACCGUGGGGCGAUAUAUAACCGUGUGUCACGUGUUUAAGGCAUCCACGUGGUGCACGCGCAAACGCGCUCUUAUAGCGCUUCUAGUUAUUAUUCUCUUUACAGUUGGUUUAAACCUACACACGCUUUGGACAGUGGAUUUGAACUGCAAUCCAGCAACGGGGCAGCUUAAGUGUGAUCACUUUCAGGAGACAGAUCCCUAUUUUUACUUCGUUGAAAACGCGGUACCUUGGAUAGCCGUCUGUGUGUAUGCAUUUGGGCCGUUCACAAUAAUGAUUAUAUUGAACGGUUGCAUCAUAAGGCGUAUAAGAAAAUCACAGCGUUACCACAAUUCUAUGAAAGUCAGAAGUAUCAGCAUCCAAAGUCAAAACAGCAUCUGUGACGAUAAAAUAUCAUUCAACAAAAAUGGCGCACCAGGACCGUCUCUUGGUACUACCUCCUCACCUUAUCCAGACUGCCCAAAUAAAGACCACCACAACGAGCAUGCGCGCUCUACUACCGUCAUGCUUCUCGUGGUUACAUUUGCGUUUCUCCUUCUUGCGUCUCCGAGUUUCGUCAACCUCAUCGUGGAAUAUUACACAAGGAAUACCCAUGAACUUACUCUUGAACAUAAGUCUGAGCAUCAGCUGGGGUCUACACUAGUACUUAUCUUAAACUACAUGAACCACGCUGUCAAUUUUAUAUUGUAUUGUGUGAGCGGGAAGAGCUUCCGGGACGAACUAGUGCGCAUGUUUCGCGAGAACAGCAGAAAGAUGUCUGUUCGGUCUGCGUAUAGUGCGGAAAUAGGCAUGUGUAGAUACUAGCAAGAGGACAGACAAGGUGAUUGCAAAUAAGCCCACUCUCCGCUGAAGUCUUGUUGAUGUAACUCUCGGUAACUUUUGCAACUCUCGGGCUCUCGUUUCGUGUGAGACUUGAAGCCACAUGCAGAACCGGAAGUACAUACAUACACUGUACUUGUAUACAUGUAUGUGUACAAAUAGAGUACAGUCAUAUUUAACUUGCCUGUUCACAUCCAUUUUUUUUCAUUUUUAUUACUUACUAGGUGGAGUGAUGUACAGUAGGCUUUUGCAUCUAUUGAUAUGACUGUACCCUGGGACCAUGCUCGGCAAGCAGGAAACCAUGUCCUGGGCGUCAUUGCAAGCGGGCGCCACUGACAGGCCUUGAUUAAGUCUUCGACGCUCGAUAUUAUCAUAUUAGUUCACCAUAGAAACGAUUUUAGAGUCUUAAAGUUAUGUUCAUCAAAUAGGCGUAUUUUACGGUAAUGUUGUCUGAAAAAGUCGUUUGUGUAGAGUGUUUAGAAACGGGUGCAAUUUUGGCUGCGCGUACGCCUCCGUUUUACCUUCUGAAUGAGAUCUAGGACUCGGCAAGAACGAAUCGUCGUUGGCGGGCCUGCUGUUUGAUGGCAGUUUUUUUUUUACUUCCGCCGUGACCUAGACGCAGCAGUAGCUAAUACUUCCUGAACCAAAAUAAGUAAAUUAAUGAAACACUUUCAGGGGAGUAAGAGAAAAAAUACGCCUAUUUUUUGUGAAUCAGUUUGUAUCUGAUUGGUCGCCCAACGAACGAUAUUCUUCUUAAUGAUUUUAAGAGCUCAGCUAAAUUACGUUAGGAGAAAACCGAAGAAGUUAACGAGCCAUACCCCGUGAUACUCAUCCAGGUUAACCAACUAGAAAGGCUGCUGGCAGACUUGAUCGAAUGCAACAAACAAUACAUUGUAUAGUUAUUGUUAAUAGUAACAAUAGUGGUGAAGUAUCUGUAUAUGGAAUAAAUUGUUCUGUCGUAAAGUGAACAAAAACUCCCGCGUAGAUUCUGACAGAAAACUAUAUAACAACUCUAAUUUCUGUAAUACGGGUAAGUACACCGACAUUUUAGUGCUAAGGUGAAAAAGACGACUAAAGCCACGUGAAA